AUGGCUCCUCGCGCUCUCUCUUGGAUCAGUGUCUCUCUGCUUGUCUUCUUGGCGUCCUGGUCAUGCGCUGCGGCCAGGGGCGCACGGGCACCGAAAGCCGCCGACCCGACCUAUGGGUUCACGUCGGUGAGGCUCGACGAGAGCAACUUUGUGCUGCAGCGCCCCUACGACGAGGCGAGUGGCGCACGCUACAGCUUCGACGGCACCGUGCGGAAGCUCUGGGUGCUCGCCUCCGACAAGCCCCAUGCCCGCCAGAGCCAUACCAGCCCAAGAACUGAGAUCAGGAUGGCAGGCUACGACUACAGCUCCGGCGUGUGGCAGUUCGAGGGCUAUGGGUACGUCCCCUCCGGCACCACGGGGGUGUCUAUCAUGCAGGUGUUCGGUGCCGGCGAGACGGCCACCACAUUCAUGCUGCACGUCUAUGAUGGCGCGCUGCGGUAUUACAACCGGCAGCUCGUCGAGGACGCCAUCUAUGACAGAUGGUUUCGGCUGAACGUGGUCCACGACGUCGACGCAUCGACGCUCACCGUGUAUAUCGACGGCGAGCUGAAGCUGCACGUCCAAGGCCGCGGCGGUCACUCGCACUACUUCAAGUUCGGCGUGUACGGUCAGCGCCGGGAGUCCAGCCGGAUGGAAUCGCACUGGAAGGACGUCAAGAUCCUCAAGAAAGAUUAGAACUAUUUGUGUAUUUAUGUAUGUUGAUGGAGUGACUAUGUUUGUAUUAUUUAUGCAGGGAGUUUAGUAGCACGUAUUUAUUUGUUAUGAUAUAUACAAGGAUGUGUAUCUUAUAUGU